AUGGAUGAAUUUGAAGGGAUACCGUACACUCAGUGCAUAGGAAUAGACAGACUGUGUAACGAUUAUUCGUCGACACUGGUGCCGUACCUGCUGAGAGGAAAGUACCUGAGGAGGAGGAAGAAGGUACACCAUAAGGACGUGCCGUCGGAGCUGAGAAACGUUAUGCCAGUGUGCUUCUACGCGAAGCUGCCGAACCAAUACAACGGAGUGUGCAGCCACCUGGUACACUCAGCAACAAAUCGCAACAAGUUUCCGAACAUUUCACUCAAGUGGUUUCCGAAUGGAAGAAUGCUAUUGGCAGGAACACAAGGAGGGAAGUUUAUAAUGUGGAACGGGAUAACGUUCCAAUUUGAUGACAUAAAGCGUUUCCCAGUGGGAACGGGAAGUGUAACAUGUUUUGAAUGGUCGCCGUUCGGUGAUUUUUUAGUGGCGGGAGAUGAGUACGGGAAGUUGGCACUGCUGUCGCCAGCACUGUCGCUGCUGAAUACGAAUUUGUAUGAAGGAAUGAAUAACAGCAUAUUGGACUUGAGCCUCUCGCCGAACGGAAGCAAGUUCGUAGCAUGCUCGGACACGUAUUCGCCGCACAUAUUCGACGUGCAAACGUCAGCGUUGGAAGGAAUGCUGGUGGCAGAAAACAUAGGGUCGACGUCAAUAACAUGUCUGCAGUGGAACCCGUUCAAAAACCUGGUGGUAACAGGAAGUAGAACGAACAUCAUCACGCUCUGGGACGCGAAAAACAGAGGACAAAUCACGUCAAUCUACGCACACAAGUCGCCACUGCACAAAAUACUGUGGAACCCAAACGGAGUGACGUUCCUGACGACAGCACUGGACGGACUGGUGAAGCUGUGGGACGUGAGAAUACUGAAGCCACUGCUGAUGUACAGAGUGACGAGCACGAACCAGGAAGACUCAAUAUACAUGAGUAACGUCAACAACAUCAACGUGCUGAAAACCACGAAGGCAGUGACAAUAGUGACGGCAAUGAGCUGGAACCCAGUGCAGACGAACGUGUUCGCAGUGGGAGAUAACAAGUCGAGGCUGUUCCACUUCACAACAGACUUUACAGACCCAGUGUCGACAGUUAACCUGCAGGAAACGGAAGACAAGUACACGACGACGACGUCGAUGGACUUCCACCCCUUCGGACACCUGCUGGCGACGUGCUCGGACGACAAGUACGUGAGGUUCUGGAGCAGAAGCAUGCCAGGAGGACACAACAGACUCAGCACGGAGGACGCACACUUCCUGGAGCUGGACAACAUCAAGUACAGCCCGUUCACAAGGUUCAAGUUCAAGUCGCAAAUAGACCUCACGAAAAUACCGUCCAUGAAAAACAUAGAAAAGUAA